AUGGCGGAUCUGAUCAAGGCAGUCGAUAUCCGAGGCGGUAAAGGCGAGCGAGAUGCCCUCUUCAUCAACCCUCAGACGCCAAAGCCCUCGCCUACUGAAGGACAGGCCCUUGUCCGUGUCAAAGCCUUUGGCAUAAACCGCAUGGAUAUAGUCCAGCGACGCGGCUUCUACCCGCUUCCGCCUCAAGCCCCCGCAACGCUGGGCGUCGAGUUCAGCGGCACCAUCGAGUCCCUUGGGCCUGGUGACCACGGUGUCUUUAAGCAGGGUGACGAAGUCUUUGGGCUUGCCUACGGUGGCGCCUACGCCGAGUACCUUGCCGUCAGUACUCGCAUGUUGCUGCACAAGCCGUCGUCAAUGGACUUUGUGACAUGUGCUGGCAUCCCGGAAACUUGGAUCACGGCGACACAGGCACUGCACCUUGUGCUUGGCUUCACUAAAGGUAAGUCGAUCUUGUGGCACGCCGGUGCCUCGGGCGUGUCUAUUGCUGGCAUCCAGCUGUCAAAGAUUGCCGGUGCAUCCCAGAUCUUUGCCACAGCCGGGUCCCAGGAAAAGUGCGACUUUAUCACCUCGAAGCUCGGAGCCACCGCGGCCUUCAACUACAAGACGCAGGACUGGGCGGAGGAGAUCAAGAAACAUACCGACGGUAACGGCGUCGACUAUAUCGUGGACUUUGUUGGUGCAAGCUACUUCCAGCAGAACCAGACAGCCGCUGCACGGGACGGACGUAUCGUCCUCCUGGGUACGCUGGGUGGUGUCAAGAUCCCCGAAGCCGACAUCUCGCAGAUCCUGUACAAGAGACUUCGAAUCGAGGGCAGCACGCUGAGGAGUCGGGACGAGGAGUACCAGGGAAAGCUUCGUGACCGCCUUGAAGAGUAUCUCCCAGACUUUGAGUCAGGCAAGUUGAAGAUCCUUGUGGACAAGGUUCUGCCAUGGGAGGAGAUCCAGGAGGCUCACAAGCACAUGGAAGAGGCCAAGAAUCUGGGCAAGAUCAUAUGUACUAUCUCGUAG